CCGAUAUGUAGUAUUUCUGAAUGAUGUCUCCGCGGGGGGUAAAUUUGUCCGUGAAAUGCGGGGGUAGUCGCAGAUGAUUUUUGCAUAUUCCACAAGUUUCAGGAGUAGUUUUACUCUCCGGAAAAUGGAAUUAACACAGGUGUGACCAUAAGAAUAUCAAAUGGAACAAUUCCGGAUUAGAUGAAAAGGAAAGAAAAGAUUCUAAACUGUCAAUAAUCGAUUUGGGAAAAAAAAAGUGCAUAUGGCAGCUCAUCCAGUUGGUGUAAGUCCGUUUCCUCAACCACCGGAAUAUGCUCGUCAAUAUACGGAUGCUAACGUAGCAAAGAAGAAUGUAUUACCACCACCGGCUGUACCAUCAGAAUUUACGGUUUUUGGCGAGGAAUACAAUUUCGAGGAGGAAAUGAUACGAUCGCUACAAUCUCAGAAAAUGCAGCAGUUAUUUUCGAGUAAUGGCGACUGGAGAAGUGAACUGAAGAAGUUGAACAGGAGUACAGUUGCUGCAUUCCUUGAUCUUCUCGAUAUCCUCAUACGAUGUCCAAAUCAUCCAGAGCGCCUGGAGAAAAUCAAUAAUCUACGUCUUCUUUUCAUCAAUAUGCAUCAUCUGAUAAAUGAAUAUCGGCCGGUGCAGGCGCGAGAUGCGUUGCAAUCGAUGAUGAAAUUACUGAUUAAAACGAUUGAGGAAGUUACGAGUCGCUUUCGCACAUACUUGGCGAUGGGUCAUGAGGCAUUAAAUCAGGUUAUUGAUGAGGUACCUCCGGUACUUUCAGCCUCUCCGGUGCUUAAUACUGAGGAUAUGAAUAUUGGUGAGUCGAUGGAGCAGCGAGUUGGAACAAUGGAAGGUGCAGUUACUAAGCGGAGGAGUAGCUAUGAUGAAGCCCGAAGACAGCCUUAUCGCGGCGAGAAGCUUGGAGAAGAGAUGUUAUGCUUUGUGAAUUGCUAGACAAUAUGAGCGAUACAGAUUCAGAAAGGCGACUUUCGCCUUCCACAAGUAGAGUUCAAAUGGAAUAUUGAUCUAUUGCAAAAUUUCCACGAUUUAACUUAAAAUAAGAAACUGAUUUUGAAAAACUUUACGCAGUUCACUACCCAUUUAUUGUGAAUAUUACUGGUGCAAUAGCAGUAUUAUCGAUGUGAAUUUGUUACCAAUUGUAAAAUAAUUGUGCCAGCUGUUUAUCGUACAGAGCUUGCGAAUUGUAUAAAUUUUUCUGCAUCAUAUCUGAUGAAAAGAAAUAUUGAAGCAUAAUUUGUUGUAAAAAGUAUUUAUUCCAGUGCAUAUCUUCAUGUUUCAUGAAUUUGAAUGGAGCG